UUCAUCCACGUUAAUUCCCUUCUCGAUACCUCGUCGCCAGUCAGGCUUAUAUUCACCAUUCGUCGCUUUCUCAUACCCAAUCCUAAAUCGUCUCCCACAGAGACCGGUUCGGAGCCAAGAUUGGACCUGAAAGCCAGUGGCCUAGUAGCCCUUGCCGUAGCCCUUGUCGUGGUCCUUCCAAUGGUCCUUGCCGUGUCCCUUGUCGUCCCCUCCAUGCCCCUUGCUCUUGUCGUCCCCAUGACCUCCAUGCCCCUUGCUCUUGUCGUCCCCAUAACCUCCAUGGCCCUUGCCCUUGUCGUCCCCAUAACCUCCAUAAUCAUUGCCACGGCGAUCUUUGUUGUAGUGGCCUUUGUCUCCGCCCUUGGAAGGAUAGCCGUACUUGUCGUCGUACUUGUCGUCGUCAUCGUCGUCAUCUCCCUUGCCCUUAUGCUUCCCACCCUUGUCACCGUAGCGACCGUAUCCGCCCUUGGGAGGAUAAUGGUCGCCGUACUUGGCUGGAGCACCUGGCUCAGCCUCAGGGGCAGGGGCGGCCAGAAUGGCCGGGGCAGCAGCGGCAAUGAGGGCGAUGAGGGAGAGCUUCAUUUUGACGUCAAUGGGUGAGAGGAUGUUUGAGGAAGUAGGAAUUGCAAAGGGUUCGUCCAAGAGGUAUACUAAGAGAAGAUAGCGGUUGUCAGGAGAAGUCAAAGUUGAUUCUAUCUGUAUGAGCUGGGAGAUAG